AAUAACCGAACUUAAGCACACAUUCUAUAUUAACGGAAAUAAUCAUGGUGAAAUAUCCAACUUAGUAUUUUGUUUUCAUUUUAAUUUCGUUGAGUUUUGAAUUAUUUAAGACGAUAGUGUUUGGAAUUUUCACAUUUGAUGGAUAUAUAUCUUAAAGUUUUGUUUUUGUUUUUAUUGUUCUGUUUAAUUAGUUCCACUUCAGGACAAUGUCCAGACAACAGAGUGAUUGGUAAAAACACUCCAAAAGACGAAGAUAGGAGAGUUGACACAGAAAUAGGCUUGAGUAUUCUUGGAAUAGCGAAUGAUAACCAGUACAAAAUAAACUGUUGUGGCUUUGUGAAGGAGUGGAAGUUUUAUGCUAAAACAAACACAGGAGAACUUCGCCUUCAGGUAUGGAGACCAGAAACAAGUCCUUCGUAUUCAUUAGUUGGCCAGAAUAUCGUUAAUGUUGCAAAUGCAGAAUUGGACUCCACAGUGACGAAAUCUAUUGCAAAUAGUGCAGAUUGGAUUCCUGUUAAAAAUGGAGAUAUUUUAGGCUGGUAUACUCCAGGUUUUCCCAUGGUAACAUAUGAUGGUGGACAACAGGUGAGGAGAGUUACGGGAAGUGUUGUCGCAUCAAGCACGCCAUAUGAUUGGGGAUCGGUACCACAAACAACGGGAAGAGAUUACGGAUUGCAUGCAGUACUUUCUCCUGGAACUUCGCCAUCCAUAACCAAUUUAGCUACGACAUUAACCCUCAACUACAAUGAUGACGUUGCUACAAAUACUUUAGUUAUAACAUUGACGGUUUCGGAUGCCGACAUAUCAGAUACACUUACCACAAUCAUGACAACAUCAACUGCAUAUUUUUCUUUUAGUUCGACAACAUUGGAAUUGAGAACUGCUCAGACUUUGUCAAUCACAACUCAUACCAUGAACUUCAGGGUAACCGAUACAUGUGGCCAUACAGACACCGGAACUGUUAAAGUCAUAGUCACCAACAAUCCACCCGUGAUUCAUAACAUGGCCUCUGCAACGGCAACAAUCAACGAAGCUUUAGUAAUAGAAACAGAAUUAUUUGCCAUAAAUGUGACGGAUGCUUCUGCCGGAGACUUUGUCACAUGUGAGGUCACUGCGGCAUCCACACCAGCAGAUGCGAAUACAAAGUUUUUCAUUAAAUUCAUAUCUGGAACUGCUCAAUACGGAAUUUUUGUAAAAGAUCAACCUGGUUUAGAUUACGACACUACUAACCUGUACAAUCUAGUUAUCGAAUGUACAGAUACUAAAGACGAAGACACGAAGGGUUUUACUGUAUACAUCACCAGAAACCAACAACCGUCAUUUGAUAAUUUACAAAACCAGAUAACAGUAUCAACAACAGCUGUAUCCAUUGGAACUAUUGUCUUCAAUGUCAGUGUUAGCGACCAGGAAGAUGAUCAGCUGUUUUAUAGUAUGGACUGUAUACCGGCAGGCGGUUCAUUUAUUAUUCACAACUCUGGGGCUGUUGUAUCAAAUGCCGAUCUGACAGGGUCAACCGUGACAGGCUAUGACUGUAAUGUAUAUGUCAACGACAGCUACACUCAAGUAGGACCUCGUAUACUAACAAUUACUAUAGCUGAUAUAAACCACGCACCUGUGAUAGACAAUCUUCCGAUAGGAACACCAGUUUCAGUAGCAGAGAACGAGGCUUUAGGGGCAUCGGUUUACCAAGUGUCAGUUUCAGACCAAAAUUCAUUAGAUACUCACACCUACACAGGUGCAUUUGUUCCAGGACUUUUUGCAAAUUAUUUUGUAAUCAACUCAAACACCGGACUUAUCACAACGUCAACAACAAAUACCAUCGACUACGAAUCAUUCACGGACAAAACAGCAGAUAUAACAGUAACUGUAUCAGACGGACAAGAAAGUGAUUCUGAACUUAUACAGAUUACAGUAACAAACGUUAACGAGGCUCCAGUAUUUAUACAAAAUUCAUAUUCAAUCAGUGGAAAUGAAGGAUUAGCCGGUUCGGUCAUUGGAAUCCCGAGUUUUGAAGUAAACGACCCGGAUGCAGAUGCUCUAUUGUAUUCAAUCGAUUGCACAGAAUUUUCAAUCGGUGCAUCUACCGGUCAGAUUUCAUUGGCUGCUGAUUAUGAUACUGACGCUGCCAGCAUAUCCACGUCAACUACCAUCCAGUGUAACGUCAAUGUCAGUGACGGCGUAUUGCAAGAUACUGCAACAUUACAAGUAACGUUGAGUAACAUCAAUGAUAACACACCCAUCUUUAGUAAAGAUAACUACGCCUUCUAUGCUAACGCCAAUGAUAAUAUUGGAAAAAUUCUCACUGGAGAUGUACUUGCUGCAACUGACGGUGAUGCUGGUGUUUAUGGAACAACAACAUUUUCGUUAGAUCAGACUGGCUUAGGUAAAAACUAUUUCGAAGUCAGUGACAGUGGUGACAUCUAUCUUAUCCUGUCAUUGAAUCCGGAUUUUUUUGCUGGAACUGCCUUGUCCUUUACCGCAACUGUAACAGAUAGUGAAGGACUGACUGACACUGCUGGUAUCGCUGUGAUAGUGUCAGAAUAUACUACUACUACGCCUAGCACCACCACAGAUAGAUUCAUUACCUUUUGGGAAGAUUCUAAAAACGUGGCAUGGUUCACCUUUUUAAUGUUGAUUCUUCUUGCACUACUUGGUCUUCUGUUAUUCUGGAUAUUGACAGGCGUUAACUGGACCAAGUUAUUAGCAGCAUGCAAACGAAGACCUAAAAGGAAAUGGAAAUGGAACCCAAUGGUUGAGAGAGAUCCUGGUCGUCGAUUACCUCCUCCACCUCCACCUCCCAAGCCACAAUACAUACCACCACCAACUCCUCCCCAAAUAAAGCCUUCAGGUAUUAAGUGGGAAUAUUGGACAGACCAAGAUUUCUCAGCAGGGAAUCUUGGAUAAUAAUAUGCAGUUUGGAGGAACUUCAUUUUAGUAGAACAUUGUUUUACGCAAUUCAACUUUAAAUUUGAUAGAAGCUCUUGGUUUAAUUUCAUCCAUACAACAAGUAUAACGUAAUUUUGAUACAAAUUGACUUUGCUGUUUUCACCAUGUUUAUUGCCAUCAUGAACAAUUUUUCAAGUAGUUUUCGUAUAUGAAUACAAAUUGUUUAUUCAGUUAAAAAGAUCUAUAUUAUUAUUUCAAUCAUAAAAUGUGAGCCUACAAAUAAAACCCGUCUGACAAGAAUCAUUUCCACUUGGUUAUAUUGCAUAUCAAAUUAUCCUUACGAUUAUUAGAGCGACGAUCCACUAGAAUGUGGUUAAUUAUAUACACUGUUUCAUUGUGAUAACGUCCCCUUCUGACAGAUUUGUUCUGAACAUUAUAGACGGACAAAAUCUAAAAUAAAAAUGUAUGCACGAUCAAGAUUUUGCUUUUACACUUUUUUUUUCGUUUUUUUCUUUUAUUGUAUUUUAAAGAUGUUUGUUAAAUUUAGAAUUUAGUUUGUCUUGUUAAUCAUCAUUUUUUGUCCCGAAUUACAAAUAUGCUACAUAGGUCCUCUUUUAUAUAACAAAAUUUAAUAAUAUUAAUCUGAAUGAUUUUGAACUGAUUAUUCACAUUAGGGAAAAUUUUCGUAUAAGUAUCAAUUUGUCGUAAUAUUAUAUAGAUGAAGAAGCUGUUUCCCAAAUUUAAACUAUGUAUUUUAUUAACUAGUAAAUGAAUGAAUGUUAUCAACAUGA